CGUGCGGGGCGGGGCGGGCGGCGGAGUUUAAACGCGAACAGGCGGCGGGACCGAACCCCCCUGAGAGCGCCAUGGCGGGCCCGGCCCCCGCCGCCGCCCGGCCCCUCCGAGGACAGUCCUUCUACCUCGACCUGCCCGGCGGGAGGAGCGCCCGGCACCUGGCGGAGGCCAUCGAGCGGCUCGGCGGGGUGACCGAGAGCUUCCUCAGCAAAGAAGUCACGUACGUGGUGUCCAGCAACAAAGAGGCCAAACGGGACAGAGCCAGGACUGGGGAUGGGAAGCAGAGCAACCCAACUUCAGGAGACACCAAACCCACGAGCUCAGGGCCUGCUGCCUUCAAAGGGAACCCACCCAGACCUCACCAGAAGCCACCAGACACUGCCCUGCUGAGCCGGGGGAAGGAGCUGCUGCAGAAGGCCAUGAAGAACCAGGACACCUGCAGUGGCAGCAGCAUCCUCGCCAACGCUCGCCUGUGGGGAGUCCAGAUCCUGCACGUGGAUGAAAUGUUGUCCUAUGCCCAGCAGCUGCUGGAAGCCAUCUCGGGAGUGAGGAAACACUGCCAGAAGACGGAGGGGAAAUGCCUUGCCUCUGGAUCCAAAAUUCACAAAGGAGGAAGGCUGAAGCCCCCUUUUCUGAAGGUUGAAGACCAGAGCAGGCAAUUCCGGCCCUUCCAUCACCAGUUCCAAAGCUUUCCUGACCUGAACUUCCUGGCUCCCAAAAGCUCCAGCCCAUUUGAGCCUCUGAAAAGCCUCUCGAAUUCCUGCCAAGCCAGGGGGGCAGGAGGCCGUGCCCUGCGCAGUGACGGAGGGAAGAGCCCCCGCUCCACCCCAGUGCCCAGGAAACGGAGGGGAUUCUGUGAGUGCUGCCAGGAGACCUUCGAAGAGCUGCACAAGCACCUCCAGAGCUCCCGGCACCAGCGCUUUGCCCAGGAUGACUCCCAGUACAUCCCCGUGGAUCAUGUCAUCUCACAGAUCACCAGCAGCUUCGUGCAGUGCUCAGACAGGGUGCCACAGUCCUGCCUGGCAGAUGAACAUUUAGUGCCUCAAGCACAUGUUAUUGGAGGAGUGGAGAUGCUGACAGAGCUGGGAAAGGAAAGGGAGCAGCCUGAGCAGGGUGCUGUGGAACUGGUAAUGGAUAUGGAGCAGGAUCACGACCUGAAAAUCAAGGGAUGUUCCCCCUGCCUGCCUGGGGACAGGGUCAGAGGUCCCAGAGAAGGAGGGGGGCUGUCAGAACACAGCUCUGCUGGGCUGCCCAGGGGAGCAGAGCUCAGGGGGCAGGUCUGUGCUGCCCCUGGCACCACGGAGGGCGCUGGGCUGGGGGGUGCAGGUCUGGGCUCGGCCCCUGCCCCAGGCUGGGAAUCCUGUGCAGGGGCUGCUCCUGUCACACAGGCAGUUGCUCCUGCAUCUGAACCUCGUGGCCAGCAAUUGCCUGGGUCUGUGAGCCACCCCCCAGAGGCACUGCCUGUCCCCAGGAAGCGCCUGCUGUCCCCCAGCCAGAGCUGCCAGGUGGGGAAGAGGCCCAGGCUGGAGCAGGGGGAGCAGGAGGACCCGGUGCGUGGUGGGCUGGGGGCACAGGGUGCAGGGCAGAUGUCUGAGCCAGGCCUGCCCGGUGUGACAGAGGCUGGCAGGCUGUCCCUGCACACACAACUCUGCAGCAGACCUCGUGGCUCCCUGGCUUUGGAUCCGUGCCUGGGCAGGAGCCCUGGGGACCCGGGAUCCCUGGGAGCUGUGGAUCCUGCAGGAGCCGCUCCAGCCAGCACCGUCAGCGAGCGUGGCUGGAGCGGGGCGAGUGUGAGAUCCCAAGGGCAGCAGCUCCAAGGGGACUGUGCCACCCCCGGGAAUGGGAGCAGCCUGGAUCUGGAGAGCACAGUGAGCAACGGGAGCAGCUGCCCCGCUGGCCGCCCGCCCUCUCCCACACCGCCCGGGGCUGGGGCCAGAUGUUGCUGCUCAGUCUGUGUCAGGGCGGCAGAAAAAGCAGCCCCCGAAGCUCCUGAGCUCCCCGGGCACAGCACAGAGCGGGCAUCGUGCCCUGGGCUCCUUCCCCCUCCUGCCCAGAGCACACAGAGCACACGGGCUGUUCCCGGCGUCGGCAGGAGCUCCUCCGAGUCAGAGUGGGAUGUGCAGCUGCUCCCCCUGCCAACGGGUGUCCAGGGCAGCAGGAUCCCAGCUGUGGACAGGGACGUGCUCCAGAGGACACACGGCAGGGGCAGGGACAGCGGGUACGAGUCCCGGCUGUGCUCAGUGCUCCGGCGGGACCUGGAGCCGGGCUGGGCGGGCCAGGAGAGCGGGAGCUGCCGGACCUGCUGCACGGACACCAGAGGAGCCCCUUUCCCUGUAUUUGAGACAUUUUGUGGCAGCUGGACAAGCUAAAACCACCUCCUGGCUGCUCUCUGGACCAAAGUGGGAGAUGAGAA